GCCGUCGAUGUUAGGGUUUUAUGCAGACCUGUCUGCGCCUCAGCACUGGAGAGUUCGUGAAGAUUUUAUUUUUCACCCUUGAGUCCUCAUGAGGGGCACCUUUGGGUCCUCGUACGGGAGCAGAGAGAGAGUGCAGGAUCGUACUUCCGGAGCUGCGUGAAAGGGUUUGCCGAAAGUCACCUUGUCUACAUAGCGGCAGGUGGUGUCACCUGUGGUCCUUUUUCGAGGGGAUCUCGUGGUCAGUGCUCAGCCGCCAUAGUCAGUCUUAGGCACGAAGGCAGGCGGGCGUCGUGUCCCUUCAGCUUUGCACGUCGACCUUGAGCUAUGGCGGAUCAGGAGCGUGGUGGGCGGGGUGGGUUCGGUAGGGGCUUCGGCCGCGGAGAUCGUGGAGACCGCGGGCGUGGGCGAGGCGAUCGUGGUCGUGGAAGGAGAGGUCCGAGGAGGGAGGAGGCAGAGGCGUGGGUUCCUGUCACGAAGCUGGGGAGGCUCGUAAAGGAUGGGAAAAUCAAGUCGCUGGAACAGAUUUAUCUCUUCUCCCUUCCAAUCAAGGAGCAUCAGAUUGUGGAAUACUUUCUGGGUGCAGCGCUGAAGGAUGAAGUAAUGAAGAUCAUGCCCGUGCAAAAGCAGACUCGCGCUGGGCAGAGGACAAGGUUUAAGGCCUUCGUCGUUGUCGGCGAUAGCAACGGGCACGUCGGCCUGGGUGUCAAGUGCUCUAAGGAAGUGGCCACGGCCAUCCGUGGUGCCAUCAUCUUGGCAAAGCUCUCUGUCAUCCCCGUGCGGCGUGGAUACUGGGGUAACAAGAUUGGCAAGCCUCACACUGUUCCAGCAAAGGUCACAGGGAAGUGCGGCUCUGUCAGCGUCCGGCUGGUGCCCGCUCCACGAGGUGCCGGAAUUGUGGCGGCGCGAGUGCCCAAGAAGGUGCUCCAGUUCGCCGGUAUUGAGGAUGUGUUUACGUCGUCCACUGGCUGCACGAAGACCCUCGGAAACUUCGUUAAGGCAACCUUCGCAUGUCUGUUGAAGACGUACGGGUUCUUGACUCCGGAACUCUGGAGGGAAACCCGUUUCACUCGCUCGCCAUUCCAGGAGUUCACGGACUUCCUUGCAAAGCCCAUCAAGAGCGUCGUCAUCGAGGAGGUGGACAAGGCGCCGGUGUACUAGAGAUGAGGUCACUGAUUGUCCGAGUUUGUCUUCAACAUCUCUUGCUUUUAGUUGCUGAGGUGCCGUGUACGGCGGCGGAGAUAUGGGGGAAGGCCAGGCUUCAGGUAGUUGUUGAGGUGGAGAUAUGGGGGAAGGCCAUGCUUCAGAUAGUUGUUGAGGUGCCGUGGACGGCGGCGUAGAUAUGGGUGAAGGCCAUGCUUGUGGUAGCUGUGUUUUGCCCGGUUAGGGAAUGACUGAGACAUUUUUCGACAUCAGGGCCUUGUCCGCGAAUUGUGAAAGGCAGACCUGUUAAGGAAUGGCGGUAUCAAGAGUCGGGCAGGGGAGAGCUGGCUGAGUCCUGUAUGUGGAAAGGGAUUGUUUCGUGUGUUGUGAAUGUGUAGUACCGUCUUCGACGGCCGGCCGAGGUCUGAACGAGAUAUUGGGUUAUUAUAGAGAACUCGAACGUUGAGACGGGUGGAUGGUAUUGGUAGAGCUGUUUCAGACAGUGAAGAGGGAUUAGGGCGCCGUUUUUCUGGCAUUUUGUGUUUCGGCAUCCUGGAAAACAGCGGAAAACUGAGAAUGAGGAUUUACUCUUUUGUGCGCGAGAGUUUGUUCUGGUUAUAAGGGUUCCAACCAUAUCGGCUUUCAGAGGUGUUGUUCGAGUGUCGAUCUGCAGAUCCAAUGUUCACGUGAAGAUGAAGGAUUUCAUGUGUUUCUGUUUAACUGCAAUUUUGAUGUGUUCUUUGUUCCUAUUUUGCUCUGUCACCUAUCAUUCGCUCGGAGCGCUGUAUCUGUUUGUCCACCUCUGGAAAUGUCGACGGCUUCAUGUGAAAUGUAAUGUAAGAACUGUGAUUGUUGCCAAAUCUUACUCUGAAAUGCAGACAUGAAGCCGUGAUAAUUACAACCGGCCUGUAUUUGCCUCGAAUCCUUUGUUUGUUCUGCAACUGCCCUCAUGCUGAAUGUCUUUUCGUGGCAUGAAUUCUCCGUUCGUGUACCGAUGUCUGCUGUGUCUCGGAUUACACCAACGUGAUUCGUACCCAUAUUUUGUUCUUUCCCCCUCGACCUCUCCUGAUUCUUCUCUUGUCUGUCGUUUUCGAUACCUCUUGCCGUCAUCCGACGCCUGCAAAUCUUUCUCUGCCUGUCGUUGAUGGCUCUCUCCUUUCCCGAUGGCUCUCUCCUUUCCCGAUGGCUCUCUCCUUUCCCGAUGGCUCUCUCCUUUUUCCAAUUCUCUCUUCUCCCAAUGCCCCUCUCCUUUUCCAAUUCCCCUCGUUUCGUCGAUCGACUCUUCCGUGAUGCCAUGAUGCUGUCGUCAACGUGUUCGAUGCGGCCUUCGCGCUUUAUUCUUCCCCUGCGCUUGGGGCAUGCUUGCGUGCGCUUGUGAUAUGUCCCUUCGAGUUUUUCUGUUCUGUUCCCAUGUUGGCAAUUUGUCAAUUUCGCUGCUUUUUUUGUGGAUGCUUCCUCCACUCGCAAAAUGCUCUGUUCCGUCCGUUUGUUGUAUUUUCCUUUGAUCUCUCCGCGAGUUGAAGCCCUCGCUCUCGAUGCUUCCCUAUCGGUUUACUGUAUUCGUCUUCUGUGUGGCCGUACUCGUAUGGUGACGACUUCGCCCACUUCGUUCUUCUCGUUGUCCGAUAUCUUUGCUUAUGGCGAUGACUUGGGCCCACUUUGUCGAUUGGCUACUGCUCCCCUUGUCUGAAAGAACUUGGAACUCGAUGCCUCCACUUUGUUGAGCUCUUCGAUGCCUCCAUUUCCCUGUCUGAUGCCUACGUCCCCUCCGCCGCUGUAUGCUGUUCCCUUGUCUGUGUUGUCUGUCAAUAAGUCCGGUGAGUCUGUGCCGUGUCCGACGCCU